CGCCCGUGAGGGCUCCCUCCGCCGCGGCUCAGGAAUUGCAAAGCUCAGGAAGAGGACGCUUUCUACUGGAACAUGCUGCUCCCUUCUCUGCUUUUUUGACGGACAGCUUUGGACGUCAGCACAACUACUUGCGAAUUUCUUUGACCGAGAAAUGCAACCUCAGAUGUCGGUAUUGUAUGCCAGAGGAAGGUGUUCAGCUGACCCCUAAAUCAGAGCUUCUUACUGCUCAGGAGAUAAUCACCCUAGCCAGACUAUUUGUGAAAGAAGGUGUAGAGAAGAUCCGACUGACAGGAGGAGAGCCACUUAUCCGUCCCGAUGUGGUUGAUAUUGUGGGUCAACUGUACAAGCUAGAAGGGCUGAAAACCAUUGCUGUCACAACCAAUGGGAUCAACUUAGCCAGAUUGCUGCCCCGACUGAAGGAGGCAGGACUGAAUGCCAUUAACAUUAGCCUGGAUACUUUGGUCCCAGCUAAAUUUGAGUUCAUUGUCCGGAGGAAAGGUUUUCACAAGGUAAUGGAAGGAAUCCACAAAGCCACUGAACUUGGCUACCGUCCUGUUAAGGUAAACUGUGUGGUGAUGCGAGGCUUCAAUGAGGAUGAACUGCUGGGCUUUGUGGAUUUCACAAAGGAUCUGCCCCUUGAUGUGCGGUUCAUAGAAUACAUGCCCUUUGAUGGCAAUAAAUGGAACUUCAAGAAGAUGGUGAGCUACAAAGAAAUGCUUGAUACAAUUAAACAGAGAUGGCCUGAAUUGGAGAAAUUGCCCUGUGAAGCUUCCAGCACAGCCAAGAGUUAUAAGGUGCCACAUUUCCAGGGACAAGUCAGCUUUAUCACCUCCAUGACAGAGCACUUCUGCGGAUCCUGCAAUCGGCUGAGGAUAACAGCAGAUGGGAACCUAAAGGUGUGCCUUUUUGGGAAUUCAGAAGUGUCCUUGAGAGAUCACCUACGGUUGGGUGCCUCAGAGGAAGAGUUGGUUCAAAUCAUUGGAGCAGCAGUGGGCAGAAAAAAGAAACAGCAUGCUGGCAUGUUUAACAUUUCCCAGAUGAAAAACCGGCCAAUGAUCCUGAUUGAGCCUGCAUUGAUGUCAUUCCCACUAUGCCAAGAUGCCCUACAGAAUCCCCCAAAUUCAAAACAGUGGGGCCAGACAUUUAGCCAUUGGCUGACUUUGAGAGCAAGUUUACCCAAACACAUGGGAAAAGUAUUAAUGAAAAAUAAGCUUACACAACAACUUUUCCUGCCAGGAUCUCACCCAGAGCAACAGUGGCACUUAACAACAGGAAUUCUACAAACCCAGCUCCGAGGCUGCUGUGUCUUCCAGAAGGACCCAAGCUCCACAUUUGACACGAAGUGCCUUGAGGCUUCUCCUGUUGGCCAAGUUUCUGUGGACUGUCAGUCCAAGGAGGCAAGUCCAGGAUCUGAAUUCUGUACCAGGGAUUCAGGAUCUUGCACCCACGUACCUCAUGCCUCUGACAACUUGACUCACACUGAUGAGGAAGGACGGGCCACAAUGGUUGAUGUUGGAGGGAAGCCAGAUUCAAGAAGAAGUGCUGUUGCUGGUGCUGUGGUCUGCCUGGGUGAGAAGGCAUUUGGGAUGGUGAGGCAGAACCAGGUGAAGAAAGGGGAUGUGCUGGCAGUAGCCCAGAUUGCAGGAAUUCAGGGAGCCAAGCUGACCAGCCAGUUGAUCCCAUUGUGUCACAACAUCCCCCUCAACCAUGUUGAGGUGUCUCUGAGCCUGGAUGAAGCCAGAUAUGCAGUGGUGAUUCGCAGCUCCUGUCAGACCUGGGGGAGGACAGGUGUGGAGAUGGAAGCUCUAACAGCUGCUAGCCUGGCUGCCCUGACUGUGUAUGACAUGUGCAAAGCAGUUACUCAUGACAUUGUGAUCAAAGAGGUGAAGUUGCUCAGUAAGACAGGUGGGCAGAGGGGAGACUUCUCAAGGGUCUAGAUCAUAUUGAGACACCUCCAGCUCUCCAGGUGACCACCACUUAUGUUCCCUCUCUUACAGAAUUUUUGCUCAGUUGAAAGGCUUGGAGACCUCAGCAGGUGUACCAUACCACAACCCUAUGACUCCAGUUUUGCCUUACCCUGUCAGCUUACUGCUGGGUGAACAGUGGAGCCACUUAUCCCUGUUGAUAAAUCGUAUGUGUGGUUUUUUAGAGGACAGACUUCUCCACUCUGCCAAUACCUUCAUUUCAGCAUCCUUGCCAUAACCUUGAGCAAAUAUUGCUAGUUAUACCAGAGGUUUGUUGUUGUAUUUUUUUUCCUUCUUGCUGUGAAAUAUUCACAGCUGCUGUCAUCACAUCAUGCAACUGUGAGCUCUGGAAAUGAAGCAAGUGCUGAAAGUGCUGUUAUUUGGCAACUAUUUUUAAGUCAAGGAUUAGGAUUUCAGAAUUGUGUCUGUCUGUCUGUCACCCUGACCCCCUUAGUUGAGUUUAGAAGGUGACAGUGAGAACUUCUUACUAGGGAACCUUACCAUGCAGCAGAGAUUGUAACUGUGGAACAGCCAGGGUCAGAGUGGCAGCUCCCAUCCCUUUUGAUUGCUCCUGCUUCCCUUGCCUGCAAGUGGGAAAUAUCCACAUACCAGUUUCACAAGAAAAAAAAAAAGAUGGCAGUUGUCCAGCUCUCUGCCUUGAGCACUCUGUAAAACAUGAUGUAGAAACAGAGGACUUCUGGGUUUGGAAGAAUUAUUUUGCUGGUCUGAAAGAUACCUUUUACAAUGUUAGAAGCAUGUUCCAGCAUUUUGACCUUAGCACUCAAAUACAUUGAGGCUUUGUGUCUGCAUGCUUAAGGGCUUAAUUACACCAUGCAUGAAAGCAGGCAUCAGCUCUCCCUGACUUUAGAAAUAGAUGUCACACCAAGCUGCAGAAGAUUCCAUGUCUUUCAGUCCUACAGUGCAACUCCUAGUAACCAGCAACCUGCAUAGUCCUGACAGAUAAAACAAAUUUUAAGACUAGUAGCCACUUGGAAGAGUAAGGUAGUUACUGUUGCUUUGGUCAGAGUGUUUUCCUGCAUGUUUCUCUAAUUUGCUUUUCAUGAAGUCUUCUGGCCUCAGAGCACUUAAAGUGUCCCCAUAAAUGUACCAGUGGCCACUGUCAUGUAGCAUUAAAUAGCUUUGAUAAUUGAAUAUCCUAGAUAGAUAAGAAAUUACUCAACAUUGUUUUGUUAAUACUGAUGGAUCCUUUCCAAAUGUUAAUCUAAAUGCUCUAAACAGGGUCUUUUCAACUUUGGUUUACUUGUUUUCCAGUGUUUAUGGCUAAUGUGAAGUUACAUACGAUUUGGGGUGCCCCCCUCUCCAUACGCACAGAGAGUUGAAGACAGCUCUAAUAACAUCAAAGAGGCUACCAAAAAAGUGUCUUAAACUUUGCAAGUAGCUGAAACAAGGUUAAAUUACUGUGAGCAUCGGUAAAGCACACACCACACUGUCAUGCACAUCCUGCUCAUUUGAAGUAAGCACAGGUCUAAGGUGAGGAGGCAAUAGGUUUUUACUACAGCUGUCUUUACUUAUCCUUUACAAAUCUUAUACACUAGUUACCACAAAAGGCACUUUUUCCACUGAAGGUGAAUUAAUUUGAUUCUUUAUUCACUGUCACUGUGAGAUAAGGCACAUACAAUGACCCACAUAGCAGCUACUGCUGGAAGAGGGAGUCUGGAAAGCUUGGUGUCCAAAAUCCACAAACAGUUGUAGACCUACAUUCAGUGUUAUAGUCCUGAUUCCCUUGAUAUCACUGAUCUGUCUGGAAGUUAAUAGUAGGGGGCACUUCUGCUCCUUCCUAGGAGGAGCUCAUCAGUCCCAGCUCACUCUGCAAAUAUGAGAGACCUUGUUCAUCUGUGGAACUGCUGUGCUGAUAGUGCAGAUGUUUCCCUAGCUCAGCUUGGAGACAAAUUGCCAGGAAAAGGAAGCACAUGUGUAACCUGCUAAGUUAACUGAUUCACACAAGCACUUACCUCCCCCCACUACACACAACACACCCCACCCUCCCUGCCUUUACCCAGUCUCAAUAUUUGAAAACUAAAAGGUAACUAGACAAACUCAAAAGUAAUAAAAUGAUGCUUUGGGGCAUAUGAUUCUUUGGCUUCUGAGAAGUUUGCUGUCAUGCUGUAAAGCUCACACAAAGGAUGCAAGACCAUACAAGGGACUACAGCGCACAUAUGCAUGACUGCCACGCACAUCUUAAUACUUACGCACAUUUCACUACUUUCUUGGGUUGAGUGUCUGGAAGCUUUGGGCAAACAGACUUUGGUGCCAUUUUAUCCUCAUGUUACAUUAUCAAGUCUUGAAACUAUGCACAUUUAUAGAUAAUGAACCAAGCAUGAGUCAACAGAACAUUUUGCGAGAGAAAUGAGCUGAUAGCACUGUAUGUUUCAGUGGUGCUGGGUGGGCAAUGAUGUAAUAAUAUAUGUUGAUGAACUGACUACUUUUUGGAGGCUUCC